ACAUUCUUAUCCAUUCCAACAUUUUAUAUAAUUCUUGCCAUAAAUAAUUUAAAUGUCUGAUAAAAAAUCGAAAAAAGCAAAAGUAGUAACAAUGCAGGCCAUAAAGGAGAAGUUCAACGACAUGAAAGCCAUGCGGCAAGCCAAGGCCGAAGCCAGAGAGGAGGAAAAGGCGGAGAAGGAGGCGGCAAAAGCGAGGGUGGAGGCGGCGCGCGAGAUGAGAAUGGCGAGGGAAGCCGAAGCUCAGAAGAAUCUCCACGUCAGCAAAGCCGUCGAGAAGGUGGAGCAGGAGGAGGAGCGCGGCAACGACGCCGCCAUGCCUCCGCCGUCUUCCGGUACUAACGCCGCCGCCACCGCUGCCGGAAAUCACCACACAGCAGCUCGCAGCAACCUACCUUAAUUAAUUAAAUCAUUUUAUUAUUAAUUAGGUGAU